UUUCGGUGGUUUAUUUCUCAGAUGCGGGAUUUAUUAGAUAAAAAAAAUUUUGCUAUUACGGCAGUUAAGUCUAAGCCGACCAUUGAAAUUUAUCGACCACCAGGAGGAAGAAACGACAUCACCACGGCCAACCAACAAUUAAACGUACACGCGAAAGAGUUUACAAUGAAGCAUAACGAGGGGCAUCAUCACAACAUAGCGAACAAUAAACCGAUGACAAACGAUAACAGAUCUUACUAUCUGCAGCACAGUAAAUCAAGCGGGAACAUACAGCGUUAUUUGUAUGCUCAACAGCAUCAGCACCAACAUCAACAUCAGCAUCAACAUCAACAUCCACAUCAGCAUCCACACCAGCCUCAACAAUUUUCUUAUCACCCCAGCCACAGCGUCGUUAAUUACCACGGCGCUUCGCGGCACUCCCACGCACUUAAUACAUCAGCUUCUAGCGGCAACAUCUUGCAUGCAAAUGUCAGUCGGGUUCACUUCAACGUCGAGCCUAAAAUAAAUCAGAGUGUGAAACCUGGAAAAUUGACUAAGUCAUUGUCCUUUGUUUCUACUUACGGGCUGAAGAGAUCCAAGAGUUUUAAUAGCGAUGUUCUCGCUCAUAAAGCUAAUAGCAUUUCCGAUAUUGCGGCCUUAGGAAAAUUUCCUGCGGCGAUACAAGAUGUACUUAUCAAAGCAAUCGAAGAUCCAAAUGUAUUAAAUUCACGCUCCUUGAUGGAGUUAGUCCGUCAUCUUCUGGGAAGAGUCGUCGAACAGCGGAAACACGCGGAACCCGCUGCUAAAAUUUGCAUUAAAAUUGUUGAGAAAGAAGUCAAAGAAACGUUCCUUGAAUCUUUGUUGAACACCUGCCAACAAUUGUACCAAGAUCAUGCGCGGUCAUUGCACGAUCUUUCUAUUUGUCAUCGGUUUUCGGCUUUUAUGACAUUCCUCAAUGAAAUGUACUGCCAGUUGAAGCGAAGACAACUUCAAUUAAAAACCCAGCAAGAGGGAGUUCCACCCGGCAGAGUUUUACUAACUCUUCUUUGGAAGUGUUGUCUCGAUUGUUUGCAGGCUUCUUUUAUCACAUCUUUACCUGAAAUGGAGUGUCUGUUUUACAUUUUAACAUGCAUCGGUAAGGAUCUGGACGUAGAACUGCCAAUGCAAUUAGAACAAUUAUUAGCGACUGUACGUGAUAGCUUUCUUAUUGACAAUUCAACGCAACCAGCAAUUCGUAAGAUCCUAUUGCAAAUAAUAGAACUCCACGCAGCACACUGGCAACUUCCUGCGUCUGCCCUCGUUUAUUACUAUCCUGGCUCAUCGAAAUCAUAA